UACUCUGGAGAGUGGAAGAAUUUCGUCCGACCCUCACUGGAGGGGAGGUUUGACUACGGCUCCUGGUUCGACUAUGUCAAGGACUGGGAGGAGGUGAAGAAGACAACUGACGUCCCCAUACUGACACUCAACUAUGAAGAUAUGAAAGAGGAUGUUUUCCGUGAGGUGAAAAAAAUUCGAGACUUCCUUGGAAUUGACAGAAGUGAUGAGUUCGUGAAAGAAGUGUGUGAUCACUGCAGUUUCGGCUCAAUGAAGGACAUCAAAGCAAACUUUGCUGAGAUCGUGUACAGAAAAGGUGAGAUUGGUGACUGGAAGAACUGGUUCACUGUCACUCAAAAUGAAUGGUUUGAAAAAUUGUACGAGGAGAAGAUGAAAGAUUGUCCCUUGACGUUAAGAUAUACAUUGAAAUAGAACUUUUGCGAGUGGAGGGGUAACGGAGUGUAUGUCAGAGAUAUAUUUUUAACCAAUAUGUUAUUACAAAGGGUUAAAACAGCGGUAAAGCAGAUGAUUACUGGCACCCUGCUGUGAGGAAUGUAUGCUGUGUACAUAUAUGUAAUUGAUAGGGAUUGAAAUGGCUAACGUUUCAGAACAGAAUAUAUUGGCUAGAUGGAGUGACCAGUGUGAUUUGAACACCUUGUGGAGUUGGGAAAGGGAAAGGUUCAGUGGUAGAGUGAGUGAGUGAGUGAGUUGGAUGUUUAGCAAUUUCACGACGGGGGACACCUGAAAUGGACACAGAGAGAUAGAGAUAGAAAGCGAAACAGGAUGAUAUGGGGGAAGGGACUCAGAGAGAGACAGAGAGGGCGAGAGAGAGUCAGAGAGACAUUGGGGGCGUAGGAAUAGGUAAGGAGUGGUACCAUACGGAGUGGGCUAGUGAGGGUAAUUGGCUGGACGGUUAAGGUAACACCACCGAUGCACAAUGGAACAUAAAUAAUUUGAAACUUGCGUGCUUGUCAUAGAACUUAUUGUAUACCAUAUAAGUUUUAGAAACGUUUCAUUCAUAUAUCGUUCAAGCAUGCUUUGAUAUGUGUCGGUGUUUAAUCAGUGCCACUCUUUGGGGUGAGGACUAAAGGUUAUAUAGACCAUACCCCGGUAACUCCAGCGGUAUUUACAUGUGUAUUAAGUGUAUAUUUCUUCAUUUACACUGCAUGUAGUUUGAUAUGAACUGUGACAAUCAAAAGCGCAAUAAAAAUAUCUCUCAGCAA